UUUGCAACCUAAGUUAGCACGACGACGACAUUAAUUCAUUCUUAUACGAUAUGAUUUCAACUCUUGCUAAAGUAACAUCUUCCAAUAUUUCCAGGAUAGUUUAGCCACAUCGCUUACAUCAUGUGCAAGUUAAAAACGCUCAGAGCGUUUGUGAACCAGCGACUAAAUGUCGCCGUGGAAGAAAUAUUUGUAGUGUUGGAAAGAACGAUAGCGGAAUACGAGGAGGAACUUUCUAGAACAAAAGAGGAGAACGAGAGACAGCAUCAACUACUUGACGCAGUUACUGAGAAACACCAAGUUGUGUUACACGGAGCAGGUGUCAGUAAAGAAUGUCCUCUUCAGCUGCAACAGUGGCCCUCUAGGUUGGAGCAGGAGGAGUCACAGCCCCCCCACAUUAAAGAGGAAGACGAGGAGCACAGUGUCAGUCAGGAGGAGGCUGACGUCACCAAGUGUCCAGUGAUGGAUGUGAUCCUGAAGAGUGAAGGUGAUGAGGUCAAAGGUGAAAGUGAGGAGAAGAGAGAGGCGGAGCCUCCAUGCAGCAGCUCAACCCAACACAUGACAACAGAAGCUGAUGGAGACCACUGUGGAGGAUCACAAGCAGACAAGAUCUUAGCUCCACUAUCAGAUAGUGAGGACACAACGUCACACUCUCCUGACACUGAUGAUGAAGACUCUAAAGAAGAUAAGACAUGUCACACUGACAACACCCGCUUUAAAUGUUCUCACUGUGACAAAACUUUUGGCCACAAAAAGAAUCUGAGUAGACACAUGAGAUAUCACACAGAAGAGAAACCAUUCAUGUGCGCGUUCUGCGGCAAAAGAUUCUCUCAGAAGGCCCAUUUGACCGGUCACGUGAGAAUACACACCGGAGAGAAACCCUUUUCCUGCUCAGUCUGCGGCAUACGCUUCCGACGGAAUCAAGAUUUAAAGGAACACGCGAGAAUACACACGGGAGAGAAACCCUUUCCUUGCCCGGUGUGCGGCAAGCGGUUCACUAAAAGACACGGCUUAAAGAGACACAUAAGGACGCACACCGGAGAGAAACCUUUCUGUUGCUCCGUGUGCGGUAAAAGGUUUUCUAAAAAUGACGGUUUGAAGAGACACGCGAGAAUCCACACUGAAGAGAAACUUGAAAACACUUUUUAAAAAUGGCCUCUGGGAAUUAAAGGCCUACUGAAAUGAAUUUUUUUUAUUUAAACGGGGAUAGCAGAUCCA